CUUGCACACGAUUUUGCAGACCCACUCCCAUUUUGCGUAUAACAAAAUUUCCUUCUCCCUUCGCCUGGGGAGAGAGGUAGGUCCUCUCUCUCUCUCUCUCUAAUUUCGGCGCUGUUAUGAGACCUCCAUUCGCGAAGAAGACGAUCCAUGUUGUUUGAUAUAUUGGAUUGAACUGUUUUGAAAUUGAUGCUGUGGUUCACUGGUUGUUAAUUCUGUUUUAUUUGUUUUUAUUACUCCACUAUGGAGCACCUUCCUGUUGAAGUGAUUGGUAACAUAUUAUCUCUUCUCGGUUCUGCCCGAGAUGUUGUAAUUGCCUCUGCAACUUGCAAGAAAUGGAGAGAAGCAUGGCACAAUCACCUUCACAGUCUUUCAUUCAACUAUUGUGAUUGGCCCCUUUAUCAUGACUUAACCUCCAAUAGGUUGGAAAUACUCAUCACUCAGACAAUCUUUCAGACCAAGGCACUGCAGUUCUUGACCAUUUUCAUGGGUGAUGAGCACGAGUUCUCCGCUGCGCCGGUCAUUGCUUGGCUCAUGUACACUAGGGAUUCCCUGCGCCAAUUGCGCUACAAUGUCAGGACAACCCCUAGUUUCAAUAUUAUUGAGAAAUGCAGCAGGCAGAGGUUGGAGGUGUUGAUCUUGGCUUGCAACUCUAUCGCAGGCGUUGAGCCGAGUUAUUUGAAGUUUCCUUGCCUGAAGUUGCUUUCUCUGAGUUUUGUUAGCAUCUCGGCGUUGGAUUUGAGCCUUCUGCUCUCUGCGUGUCCAAAGCUUGAGACUUUGGCUGUGGUUAGUCCGGAAAUUGCAAUGUCUGAUUCGCAGGCUUCUGUGGAUCUUAGCAGUGUUUCUUUGAAGGAUUUCUUCAUUGAAUCGUUUAGUUCGGAUAAGUUUAUAUUGGAGGCGGAUUUACUUGAGAAACUUCAUUUGAAAGAUUGCACCUUUGAGGUUUUUGAGCUGAUUGGAAAGGGGACAUUGAAGGUGUUGAAGAUUGAUGAUGUGAGUGUCAUCCAUCUUGAUAUUGGGGAUGGCACAGAGAACCUUGAGAUUAUUGAUGUCUGUAAAUUCACAAUUAUGUGGCCAAAAUUUUAUCAUAUGAUCUCAAAAGCAUCAAAGUUAUAUAAGCUUAGGCUGUGGGGUGUUGUUUUUGAUGAUGAGGACGAGGUUGUUGAUAUAGAGACAAUUUCUGGUUGCUUUCCUCGGCUGACACAUUUGUCCUUAAGUUAUGAUUUAAGAGAUGGUGUGCUUCAUUAUGGCUUGCAGGGUUUGUCUUGUUUGAUGAAUGUGGUGGUGUUAGAACUUGGGUGGACUGUGAUUAGUGAUCUUUUCUCGGUAUGGGUAGCUGGACUUUUGGAAGGAUGUCCCAAUUUGAAAAAAUUGGUUGUUUAUGGUGUUGUUUCAGAGGUCAAAACACAUGAAGAGUGCCAAAUUCUUGCCAGAUUCUCUGAAUUCAUUAUCCAACUUGGAAGAAAAUAUAGGCAUGUAAAGUUUGAGUUUGAAUAUGAUUAGUGGUUUCUUUUAGUCCUUCUCAAAGUGAACGAAGAUCCUUGCGUGCCCCGUAAGCUUCUUUUGUCUGUUUUCUUCUGCCAUAAAUCACAAGAAUUCUUCAAUUGUAAAGUUAUAGAUUCUUUGUGUAUAAGAGUGAAUUUCAUUUUCCA